AUGACUCAAGCCAUGGAGGAAUCCAUAGAGAUUUUUGGAGAUAUUAACCUCACUCUCGGCAUGCUGACCAAGGAGGAGAAUAUUAGCAAGGAAGACAUUUAUAGUCAUCUCACUACCAUUGUUCAGAAUGCUGACAUCUUGGACAACGCAAUUGUGCAACGGUUAAUUUAUUAUGCUUCUAAGGACAUGAGAGACAGCAAUGUGAGUUUAGUUUUUGAUGGUCAAUCAGUGUCAGGAAGAGCAAUAGGAUCUUUAAGCUCCCUAACUGCACCCAUGUGGAACGGUGUUUGUUUGCUGCCUCUGCAGACUUUGGCCAUUGUUAAGGCCCAUGGCCCCACAGUAAGCCUGCUGCUACACCGGGAAGAUUUGUGUGAAUAUGCCCUGGGCCAAGUGCCCUGGCUCCUGAACCAGUACAAAGACAAAGAAAUUGAUUUCCAUGUCACACAGAACCUUGUUUUUUGCCAAUUUGAUUAUUGCAUCUUGGACCUCUUCUUUAAAUACCAGCCCAGGUUGAGAGAUCACAUUACUUCAAUUGAAAGAACAGUCAAGGUUAUCAUGAGUGACCCCAGUGUAAAAGUGAGAAACUCCACACUUUUCCUCAUCCAGACUAUGUGUGAAAAGAGCUAUAUUGAAGCCCGGGAAGGAUGGCCCCUGAUUGAUUAUAUCUUCUCCCAGUAUGCAAUAUCCAACAAGAAUCUGGAGAAAUUGAUGAAAUCCAACUCCCCUGAGGACGAAAAGGGAGAGAAAUCUGUCCUAGAAACAAGCCUUGAGGUCUUAAAAAACCUUGAUCCAUUGGUCAUUGGAAUGCCACAGGUGCUAUGGCCAAGAAUCUUGACUUUUGUGGUGCCAGCGGAAUACACAGGAACUCUGGCAUACCUAUUUAACAUUGUCAGAAUCCUCAUUAUGGCAGAAGAGAGGAAGAAAGUUAAUGACAAGGAGUCAACAGCACUUGUCAUCUCCACUGGAGCUGUGAAACUUCCUUCAUCACAGCAGCUACUGGCCAGGCUCCUGGUAAUAUCUAUGCUCGCCAGUUUAGGAAAAUUGCUUGGAGCUGGUGCAAUAGGACUUCUGAAGAUAUUGCCUGAGAUCAUUCACCCAAAAUUGGUAGACCUCUGGAAAACACACCUACCUGAGCUCCUGCAGCCUCUGGAAGGACAGAACGCUAGUAUCGCACUAUGGGAAACGAUGCUGCUUCAGUUGCUCAAAGAAUCUCUAUGGAAGAUCAGUGAUACAGCCUGGACCAUACAACUGAGUAGAGAUUUCAACCAUCAAAUGGCAGGUUACAGCAACAUCUCCACUGAGAAGAAAUUCCUUUGGAAAGCCUUGGGAACCACCUUAGCUUAUUGCCAAGAUACGGGCUUUGUAAGCUCACAGCUCAGAGAGUUUCUAAUUGCUCCCAACCAACUAGGGGAUCAACGACAGGGGAUAAUCUCUAUUUUGGGAUACUGUGCUGAAAACCAAUUUGAUACUGUUUUGAAAGUCCUUAAAGCAUUCCAAGAUAGAGAAAAGUUCUUCAUGAAUCGCUGUAAGGGUCUUUUCUCUGGAAAAAAGAAUUUAUCCAAGACUGACAUCAUGGUCAUCUAUGGAGCUGUGGCCCUCCAUGCUCCCAGAGAGCAACUUCUCACCAGGAUAGAUCAAGACAUUAUAUCCCAAGUCCUGUUUCUUUACAGCCAGUGCUGUCAGGUAAUGACCACCAAGGUGAUUAACACUGACAUGGAUCUGCUGAUGAGCUUCAUAAGAAGCAUCACAGAGAUUGGCAUUGCUGUCCAUGAUGCCCAGGAGCAGGGUUUCAAGUUUUCCUACAAGGAAGUGCUGCUCGGUUACAUGCUGGACUUCAUUAGGGAUGAGCCCCUGGAUUCAUUAGCUACCCCUGUUCGGUGGAAAGCCUUAAUAGCCAUCAGAUACCUCAGUAAACUGAAACCUCAGCUUUCACUGAAAGACAAUCUCAAUAUUCUUGAAGAGAAUAUUAGGAGGCUGCUGCCCCUUCCACCUCUGGAAAAACUCAGAAAUGAGGGUCAGACCGACAUGGACAAGGAACACAUUAAAUUUCUCUAUGAAAGAUCCAUGGAUGCUCUGGGCAAGCUUCUGAAGACCAUGAUAUGGGAUAAUGUGACUGAAGAGGAAUGCCAAGAAAUGUUUAAUCUUCUCCGAAUGUGGCUUGUUUCACAAAAAGAGUGGGAAAGAGAAAGAGCCUUUCAAAUUACAGCGAAGGUGUUGGCAAGUGAUGUUGAGGCUCCAGAGAACUUUAAAAUCGGCUCUCUCCUUGGGCUUCUGGCUCCACACUCCUGUGACACCCUGCCUACCAUCCGCCAGGCAGCAGCUAGCUCAGCCAUUGGUCUGUUCUGCAUAAAAGGUAUACAGCUGGAAAUGGAAAGACUACAGGAUAUGCAGGAAGGGCUGGAAUGCGAUGAUGUGGAGGUCCAGAUCAAGAUUUCUUCUAAAAUAGCAAAGAUUGUCACUAAAUUCAUCCCAAGUGAGGAAAUUCAAGUGUUCCUGGAGGAAACACUGGAUGGUCUGGAGAGCCUCAACCCUACUUGCACAAAGGCCUGUGGCAUGUGGAUGAUUGCUGCUCUGAAGGAGCAAGGAGCUGCCUUGGAAGAUCAGCUGUUGGAAAUCUUGAACACAAUCUACCAUCACAUGCCAGUCCUCAGACAGAAGGAGGAAAGUUUUCAGUUUAUACUCGAAGCCAUAUCACAGAUAACCAGCUUCCACACAGAUGCAGUUGUUGCCAACAUUUUGCAGAAGCCUCUGCCCUUUGACAGGGACACAAAGGUACUGUGGAAGGCUCUGGCUGAGAACCCAGCCUCCAGUGGUAAACUCUUGCGAGCCUUAGUACACAAACUGGAGAUUGGAUUAGAAGAUGACAUGGUCACAAUGGAUGCAAUUUCAGUGGCCUGUGCCAUGCAUGAAGUGGUAUCAACAGGCACCCCUGUCUCAAGCCUGUACCCAGAGCUAUUCACCCUCCUCCUGAAGCUGAUCAGCUGCUCACUGGGCCAAAAUAUGCCCACUGCUGCUGUAAGCUGGAGACGGAAGGUCAUGAAGCAGGGAGAACUCCAGCAAGUCGCAGACCCCUGCAGGCUCUCAACCAUAACUCUGAAAGGUGUGCAAGUCCAAGCCAUGAAAGAAGGCCUUGCAAAAGAAUCUGAUGAAGGGGACAACCUAUGGUCUCUCCUCAGCAGUCCUGGUACCCACCACAUAGGAAUAUGUGCACUGGCGAGGAGCAUGGCAAUGUGGCAACAUGGAGUCAUACUGGACAUCAUGGAUCUCCUGCUCCUGUCUCUCACCUCUUCCUCGGAGAACUACCGAAUAACUGGCACUGCAUUCUUCUCUGAGCUUAUGAAGGAGCCCAUCCUUUGGAAGCAUGGCAAUCUACGUGAUGUGCUCAUCUUAAUGGAUCAAAGUGCCUGGGACUCCAAUGCCACCCUGAGGCAAAUGGCCAUCCGAGGCCUUGGUAAUACAGCUUUGGGAGCCCCUCACAAGGUGAAGAAACAUAAGCAGAUAAUGUUAGAAUCUAUCAUCAGAGGCCUGUAUCACCUGGCCCGCACCGAAGUCGUCUGUGAAAGCUUGAAGGCUCUAAAAAAGAUUCUGGAGCUGCUUACAGACCGGGACGUGAGCUUCUACUUCAAAGAGAUAGUCCUGCAAACAAGAACCUUCUUUGAAGACGAGCAAGACGAUGUGAGGCUGACUGCCAUCAGCCUAUUUGAGAAUCUGGCAUCACUAACCGGAAGACGGUGGAAGAUUUUUUUUGCUGAAGAAAUUAAAAAGAGCAUGAUUUCAUUCCUUCUCCACCUCUGGGAUCCCAACUCCAAGAUUGGAGCUGCAUGCCGUGACGUCUUAAUCAUCUGCAUUCCCUUUCUGGGCCUCCAGGAACUCUAUGGAGUAUUAGACCAUCUCCUUGAUGGCCAGGAUCUGCCAAGGGUCAGGGACUUCUACAGGCAAUUCUGUGUAAAACUGGCAAAGAAAAACCAGGAAAUUCUGUGGAUCCUCCACACACAUUCAUUCACCUUCUUCAACAGCAGCUGGGAGACAAUCAGGAGUGCAGUUGUCAAGCUCACAGAUUCCAUUGUUCUCAAUUUGACCAGCCAGUAUGUGGAGUUAUUAGACAAAGAACAGCUGACCACACGGCUCCAAUCACUCCGGCAAGACCCUUGUAUCAGUGUCCAGCGAGCAGCAGAAGCUGCCUUGCAGACAUUCCUGAGAAGGUGUAAAGAAAUAAACAUAAUAAACAUCCCUCCAUAA